GUUGAAUGAUGGAUAUUUUUUUAAACCAGUUCUGAGAUUUAGUUCUGCGCAGUAACCAGUAUGUAAAGAUAAGUUUCUGUUUCCUUGCAAUCCAGCUCUCAGAAUUGCUUUGAAAGUGGAAAGAGGAAGUGCUUUGAAUAGAGAUAAAAACAAACAGGUUCUACAAGCCUGUAUACAUUGUACUGUAUAUACUGUAUAAUGUAGGUUUUUGUCCUCUGCUGUUCAACACCUUAUCAGGAAGUCACCAUGAGGACACUGGAUGAAAUAGACAAGCUGAAGCAGACUGGGUUCGGUCAGCCUCAGCCAAGACAUGGCCUAAAGCUGCUGUACUGGUUUGCUAAAGACUGUCUCACUUUUGAUCAGAACAAUGCCUUGCAUUUGAGUUGCUAUCCUGGGAAUGGACAAUUUGGGUUCCACCCAUUUCAGAACAGGUAUGAAAGAAAUGGUCAAAAACUUCUGCCUGAUGUGACAUUCCGUUACUAUGAGUUGGGAAAUCUGAGCAAAACAGCAGCGUAUAACAUGCCUCUUUAUGUCUGGGAAGAUUAUGAAAGCUACAACAAGAUGAGUAACAAGGACCGCAUCAUAGUCGGAGUUAACAACAAGUGGUUGAAAACACUUUUUGUGACUGAGCACAGUGAUCGGUCAAAUUUCAACAAACAUGCCACCUACCAAAUCAGCAGACGCCUUAUUAGGGAUAUCCGGGGUCUGAGCUUAGACGACUUUCUUCUGAUAACCGGGUAUUCGACAGAGCAAGCAAACAGUUUUUACACAAUUAAUGUAAACACACAAUCAACCACCUCCAGCAGCACUCGAACACAGUCCACCUACACAUCAGCCACCGGGACUUCAAGAAACCAAGACACUUGUGUGACAAUUGAUGACACUGAUGACAGCAUGUUUGAAGCGCCGAGUCGUUGCAACUGUACCAUACUUUAAAAAAAAAGCUGGGGAUCGCAUUUGGGUUAAAUCUCUCAAUAUAGCAAAUUAUCUUUCAUCAAUAAAAUGUGUAUAAUUAUGUUAUAUGGUUAAUUUGAGUAGUUUUAGAGUUUAACAUUUAGAGUUUAUUUCAUUUUCAGAAUAAUUGAAAUGAAUCUGACUUUCUUCACUUGUGAUGUACACCUGUCUGUUCUUAGGUUCUGAUGUUCUGCACUUCUUCUGGUUUUCUCCUAUCUUAGUUUUAGGUAUUAUCUAAUUAUCUAAUAUCUUGAAGAGAAGAAUUAUACUGGGCUGUCAUGUAUAUGUGGUGGUAAUAAGAAAAGUUUCUAUGCCUCAAUUUCAUACACACAUCAUUAUAAAAGCCGGCUGUAUCCAACAUGGUUUAGACAAAAUAAACUAUUUUAUUAUACUGUAA